ACUUUUACUGUACUUGCCCAUAGCACAUUGACUCACACGGAUCGGGGGUUGCACCGGAGCAUUCUGCGGACUUCAUACGGAUCUAGCGUUCCCCAAAAAGAACGUCAGCUUAAUAUAAAUAACCUGUUACUCUUGAUUAUGAAACGAUGGAUGAUUGAUAAAUCAACGAAUAAAUAUUGACAUUUAACUGAAGACCUACUCAUAGACCGAAGAAGCAUUGUUUUUUUUGUUUUUUUAUUCUAGCCUUCUAUCUAGUCAGUGGAACUCUUUCGUUAUCUUGGAUUUAAAUUGUACUAUUUUUGCCGGUGUCUUGAAUUUUUCGCUUGACUCAAAGCGAUUAUAAAGUCAAACAAGGUUUUUCAGUCUCAUUCGCUCAAAUAUAGUUUCUUACUAUAAAAAGUUGUAUUUGGGAUGUUGAGCUCGGUGAAGAUGGAGUCUCAUGAACUGCCAGAGUGGAAUGCCUUCUACAGCGAAGCCAGUGAGAUGUAUUCCUCUCCCAGUGUCAUGAAUUCAAUGAGCUCAAUGAGCACCAUCAACAGCUACAUCAACCUGAACCCAGCUUGUUCUCCAGCCACCAUGAACAUGGGCUAUGGCAGCUCUGGGCUCAACAGUCAACUGGCCUCCAUGGGCGGAGGGGCCAACCAUAUGAACAUGUCCCCGGUGACUUCAUCCCUCAACCCCAACUCUCUCUCCCAGCUGGGCUCCCCAGCCCCUUCCCUGGGCUCCCUCUCCCACUAUCAGAACAUGGGCCAGCCCAUGAGCCAGUUGAGCUACCCCUCUCCCACCUCCCUCAACCGGGCCAAGGAGGUGCCCAAGCCAUACCGCCGCUCACUGACCCACGCCAAGCCACCAUACUCCUAUAUCUCCCUCAUCACCAUGGCCAUCCAGCAAUCCGGCAGCAAGAUGCUCACCCUCAACGAGAUCUACCAGUGGAUCAUGGACCUGUUCCCCUACUACCGCGAGAACCAACAGCGCUGGCAGAACUCCAUCCGCCACUCGCUGUCCUUCAACGACUGCUUCGUCAAGGUGGCCCGCUCGCCCGACAAGCCCGGCAAGGGCUCCUACUGGGCCCUGCACCCCAACUCAGGCAACAUGUUUGAGAACGGCUGCUACCUGCGCCGCCAGAAGCGCUUCAAGAUCGAUCAAGAGAAGGCUGCGAAGAAGUCUGGCAAGGCCCAGGAGGGAGGCUCGGGGAAGGGGAGCCAUGGAGACAGCCUGAUGGAGGAGCACAGCCCAGCGGGGGGCUCGGAGGGGGCUGACUCGGCCCACUCUGACAACUCCCACCCUGGUUCCUCCUCAGAGGAGCAGCAGCAGAGGAGCAUGGUCCAGCUGGACUGCGCCCCACAGCCCCAGUCCCACGUCCAGAGCACCCCGGUGGAAAUCCCCUCCUCCGUGCCCUCCUCCAUCUCCCCCUCCGUCCCUCUCCUCCACUCCCAGAUCAUGGGAGGCAGCCCCCACCUCCUUCCCAGCACCAUGCAUAAUCUGGACCUGCAGAAUGACCCUCUCAAGGCCAUGGAUCCCCACUACAACUUCAAUCACCCCUUCUCCAUCACCAACCUCAUGUCCAAUGAGCAGAAGAUGGAUCUGAAGACGUACCAGGACCAGGUGAUGGCCUACAAUUGCUACGCCUCCUCCUCUCCGAUAGCAGCCAAGCAGAUCUACGACAGCGCGGGACCCUCGGCCAUGGACUCUGGGGCCUACUACCAAACCCUCUACAGCCGGUCGGUCCUCAAUGCCUCCUAACAUGGAGGCCUUCUGGACCACAGCCAAGUGGUGCUGACAAGGACUUUUAGCAGCCUUGAAAUCCCAAAAUGUAAGAUGGCUGCCAUUGAAGGGCUACUCAAUAGGGACCAAAGAACAUUUAGCAGUGCUGAUACACAGUUCAAAAGGGGAACCCUGCAGUUACAUGAAGUCGAAGACAAAGGUAAAACCCAGUGCUGGAUUGACACCUAUUCAUCAGAAGGUCUUUAAAACUGAUACAUUCAUAAAUUCACACAGAAGUCAUGUCUCCCCUUUGCCAUUGUUUUGCUUUUCUCUUUUUUUUUUGACUACUUCAAACUGGGUUUUGGUUUGUUCAACAGACAAGCAGGACUACUUGUGUACUUGGGUUGUACACAUUGUAAAUAGAUGGAGUGGGGGAAAGGAGUUGUGCAUUUAUUUAUGAAGGGAAGAAAAUUAAUAUAUCUUGUACAGUGCUGUAUUGACAAGUUACAAAACAAAUGUGACAUGAAACAAUUUGAGGGAUUGUGGGAGUGAGAAAAGGUUCAGGUUACUGCUUCGAGGCAGUUGUUACUGCAUUACAGGGAAUUCUUGUUGUGUUUUACAACAUAUUGCUUCAUUCCCAUUUUUAAUAUGCUGUUUUAAUCUCUUCAAAUACCCAUCCAUAAACACAAAUGUAGCUGCCACGGUUAAUUUUUUACAAGAGGUGGAAGGCUGUUGUUUUUACUGAUAAGAGAGCCAUUUCUUGUAUUCUUUUACCAGGUAUCCUUUUAAAGAAAAAAGAUGGCGUCUGUUUAAAAAUGGACGAAACUGUGGUAAAUCUAAUUUCAGCUUUGUUUGUCUGUUUUUUAAAACAUUUUCAGAGACUCCUUUUAUUAUCAAUAAUGAGAGCCUGCUGUUCCCCAGCUCUUCAUGGCAUAGGAUAUUUUGGAAUUGCUUCACAUUAUAUUACACAACAUACCAAGGGUUAGGAGGGAGAGGAGCUAUGGUAUGUCCGUUACUAAGAUAGGAGUUGAAUGGAAAUGCACUAAUAGGACCAUUUACAUACAGUACUUUGCACGAGAUUUCCCACCAUUUUACACAGCUGGGGAGGCCCAGUGUGUGUUACAACAAUGGUAUAUAAUAACCCCCUUUUUUUUAACUGCAAAUGGCAAACUAGAAUUGGAUCACUGUAACAAUGUCAAUGCAACAUAGAGCUUUAUGUCGCAACCCUCAUCCUCAAAGUGCCUUUCAAUGUGUUUUGAUAAUGGAGGACCGAUAACUGAAUUUUCACUGAAGGAACACUUUUCCAAAGAUAAACCAUGAGUUUCAGGUCAGAAAUGCUGUUUUUUUUAUUUCUUGUAUUUUAGUUUCAAAAAUACUAUUUAAACAAUUUUGCUUUUCAGACUUAUAUAUUGUAUAUAUUGUCAGGUUGUUGUUUAUGGUUUGAAUGUUGUGAUUUGAACUAUUCAUGUUUUUCUUAUUAAAAAGCUAAACUUUGGGGGAGAAACACGAUUGUUGCCUGUUCCGUUGAAAUAAAUAUAUACAUGAAAUUAUC